CUGUGCUGUCGUUGCGAAACAUGCUGUUCUGUCCGACAGAUGGGAGCCUGCUCAUGGUUGAGAGUGGACCCCAGGGCUGGACGAGAUUCUGCUGCCAGACGUGUCCGUACAUCCACCCCAUGGAGCCGUCGGACAAAAUCACGCGAAAGAUCGCGCUGAAGAAAAAAGCGGUGGAUGACAUCAUGGGAGGAGAUGACGCGUGGGCAAACGUGGACAAGACCCAGACGACGUGCCCAUUCUGUAACAACAAGGAGGCGUUCUUCUUGAUGGUGCAGCUGCGCUCCGCGGACGAGCCCAUGACCUGCUUCUACAAGUGCACGAACUGUAAACAGCGGUGGAAGGAAUGAAACGUAGAUUGUGCCGCUGCCGACGAGCAGCCCGUUUUUGCCCGUCUCCGUCCUUGUCCUAUUUACCUGUGUGAACUCUGUCGGUGUUUUCUUGUAGGUGAAGUCGCCGGGUGUCUGUCUGAUGCCAAGGUUUUCUUCGUCUUCGUGUGUUUUCGGUGUGUGUGUUUGUUCUUCGUAGGAGUCGGGCACGGUAUAGUAUAGCCCGACAAAUUGUCCCGUGACGAAGGGUGUUUGCAUCGCGCCUUCGUCUGACUAUUGGUUCGCCUGGCCUAGACGGCAGGAUACCAGAACUCCGUGUGAUCGGUGUUGUUUACUUUGCUUUGCUGCUGCGGAUGUGUUGCAGCUGCAGCAGCACACGUGCUGCUGUCUUGCGGUGCCUUAGUGCUUCAAACGAUAGGGUUAACUGUGCGCUGCUGCGCUCUUCGCAGCUGUUUCUACU